GGAAACUCUAAACCUUAAUCUGUGGUAUCCGAGCCUUGAAGUACUUAUCCUUAACCAACCACUAUUAAAACGCCUUUUAAGCGUAAUCAAAGGGAGAAAACAGCCGUAUUCACGUGUCUUCCGUCGUCCUUAUAACGAUUGUCAUUUUUUGCAGACUUCUACGCGUAUUCUCGUUCUAAUCAAUUGAGUAGUUCGUUGGUGCUUACAUAACGAUAAUCUUUCUACUUUAAGAUCUAUUUUUUAGUACACAUAGCAAAUAUGCAAACCGAACAGGUAGCUGGUGCAAUUGUACUGUUGACUGUUGCAGCAUUCACUUUAAAGUGGGUAUUUAGUAGCAACUCAAAAUCGCCUGCAACAUUCAGAUCACCAGCCGUGAGUCAUGAAUUCAGAGACAAUGUUUUUAGAAUUCAUACCAUGUUCCCCGUUGUUUCCGCAGCCGCCAUCGCCUAUGACCUGCAACAUACCAACAGCGCCGAUCAAACCAUUGACAACAUUCUUUCACGUCAGACGCUUCCCGAGCCUCCCGCAGAAUGGCCGUUGAAUCAGUUAUUUGCAGAGGCACCUGUAAAUCAAGAGGCGACGGAAGAGCAUCGCCACGACUCUCUAAGUUCUACUGGUAAUUCCAAACCCAGUCUCAUUGAAAAGUAUAAUUUGACUGCUCGGCUCAGUGAAUCUUUUGUUGACACUGACAACAAGCCGGUAAAGUUUCCAUCGACGAAACAAGAACGUGAACGCUUGUUCCGUAAACGAAAGGAAGAUGCGAUUCUUCGUGCUCGCAAACGCAUGGAGGAACAAGCAAAUAAAGAGUAAUGUUGCAUUUGGAUACAAUUUAUGACUUGCACAGGCCGCGCCUGGUUUGUACCUACAAAGAUACCAUAGCAAUGUAAUCAAAAAAUGAAAAAGUGUCUAUAUCUGUAAAGUUUGU